AUGAGUUCAGAGGAGAAGAGUAUAUCACCAGCUCACAAAACAUCUACUCCAUCACAUAGAAGUGCCUCCUCUUCAUCAUCGUCUCAGAGGGACAGGAGGCAGAGUGUUCAUAUUUUGGAGCGGAAGGCUUCUUCAGGAAGCACAGACCCUUCUUUAAGCAAGCAGUUCCUUGAAACUGACCAUAUCUCUCUAUCCAAGGAACCUGACAGCUGGGAAAUCAUAGAGGGUCUGAAAAUAGGCCAGACCAAUGUCCAGAAGCCAGACAAACAUGAAGGUUUCAUGCUGAAAAAGAGGAAAUGGCCUUUAAAAGGUUGGCACAAGAGGUUUUUUGUCCUGGAUAAUGGAAUGUUGAAAUAUUCAAAGUCACCAAUUGAUAUACAGAAAGGCAAAGUCCAUGGGAGCAUUGAUGUUGGUUUAUCAGUUAUGUCUAUAAAAAAGAAGGCUCGUAGAAUAGAUCUUGACACAGAAGAGCACAUCUAUCAUCUGAAGGUGAAGUCCCCAGAUUCAUUUGAUGCUUGGGUUUCAAAACUACGCCACCACCGGCUGUACCGUCAGAAUGAGAUUGUGAGAUCUCCGAGAGAUGCUAGCUUUCAUAUAUUCCCUUCAGCCUCUACAACAGAGUCUUCACCAGCUGCUAAUGUGUCGGAUGGAAAGGUGCAACAAAAUAGCUUUCCCUGGCAGUCUCCUAUACCUUGCAGUAACAGCCUUCCUGCCACCUGCACUACUGGUCAGAGUAAAGUAGCAGCCUGGUUGCAGGACUCUGAAGAGAUGGACAGAUGUGCAGAAGAUCUUGCUCAUUGUCAGUCAAACCUUGUGGAACUCAGUAAACUUCUUCAAAAUUUAGAAAUACUACAGAGAACUCAGUCAGCACCAAAUUUCACAGAUAUGCAGGCUAACUGUGUAGAUAUUUCAAAGAAAGACAAGCGGGUCACGAGACGGUGGAGAACAAAAAGUGUCAGCAAAGAUGCAAAAAUUCAACUUCAGGAAGGGCCGGCACCGAAGGGCCAGUUCAGCACAACACGACGCCGGCAGAGACUGGCAGCUGCAGUGGCUACAACAGUCCCUUUCAGUGCUACAAUGUCACCCGUUCGCCUGCAUUCGUCCAAUCCCAACCUUUGUGCAGACAUUGAGUUUCAGACUCCUCCAAGCCAUGUAACGGACCCUUUGGAGUGCUCUACUGAAUACAUGAAGCUUCAAGAAGAAUUCUGCCUGAUGGCACAAAAAGUGCAUUCUCUUUUGAAGUCUGCCUUUAACAGCAUAGCAAUAGAGAAGGAGAAGCUUAAGCAGAUUGUUUCAGAGCAGGAUCUUGCAGGGCACAAUGCUCAAAUAGCACACCUCAGACAGUCCCUCUCUCAGGCUCUCAACCAGAAUGCUGAACUAAGGAGUCGCUUGAACAGAAUACAUUCAGAAUCUGUUAUUUGUGAUCAGGUUGUCAGUGUAAAUAUUAUCCCUAGCCUCGAUGAGACGGGUGAACAAAUUCAUGUCAGUUUGCCACUGUCUCAGCAAGUUUCUAAUGAGAGCAGGCUCUCUAUGUCUGAAUCUGUUUCAGAGUUCUUUGAUGCACAAGAAGUGCUUCUAUCUGCCAGCUCAUCAGAAAACGAGGCUUCUGAUGAUGAAUCUUAUAUCAGUGAUGUGAGUGACAAUAUAUCUGAGGACAACACCAGUGUUGCAGACAACAUUUCUCGGCAAAUUCUUAAUGGUGAGCUAACAGGAGGUGCAUUCAGGAAUGGACGAAGAACUUGUCUCCCAGCUCCCAGCCCUGACACCAGUAACAUCAAUCUGUGGAAUAUUUUGAGAAAUAACAUUGGCAAGGAUCUUUCCAAAGUAUCCAUGCCGGUUGAGCUAAAUGAACCUCUGAAUACCUUGCAACAUCUUUGUGAAGAGUUGGAAUACAGUGAACUGUUGGACAAGGCUGCUGAAACAGAUGAUCCUUAUGAACGCAUGGUUCUCAUAGCUGCUUUUGCAGCGUCAGGCUAUGCCUCUACGUAUUUCAGAGCAGGAAGCAAGCCAUUUAACCCAGUGCUUGGUGAAACUUAUGAAUGUAUUAGAGAAGACAAAGGAUUUCGAUUUUUCUCAGAGCAGGUUAGCCACCAUCCUCCCAUUUCGGCCUGUCACUGUGAAUCGAAGAACUUUGUGUUUUGGCAAGAUAUCAGGUGGAAAAACAAAUUCUGGGGGAAAUCAAUGGAAAUUCUGCCAGUUGGAACCUUGAAUGUGACUCUUCCAAAGUACGGAGACUACUACGUCUGGAACAAAGUCACUACUUGCAUACAUAAUAUUCUUAGUGGAAGAAGGUGGAUAGAACAUUAUGGAGAGAUAACUAUCAGAAACACAAAAAGCAGUGUUUGUAUUUGUAAACUCACAUUUGUCAAGGUAAACUACUGGAAUUCAAAUGUAAAUGAGGUCCAGGGUGUUGUGAUAGAUCAAGAAGGGAAGGUGGUUCAUCGUCUUUUUGGAAAGUGGCAUGAAGGCCUUUAUUGUGGGGUUGCACCUUCAGCCAAAUGCAUAUGGAGGCCAGGCUCCAUGCCAACCAAUUACGAACGUUAUUAUGGCUUCACGAGGUUUGCUAUUGAGCUCAAUGAAUUAGAUCCUUUACUGAAGGAUCUUCUUCCUGCAACAGAUGCGCGGUUCAGACCGGAUCAAAGGCUUCUGGAGGAAGGAAAUGUAGAAGCAGCAGCAUCUGAGAAGCAAAGAAUAGAGGAACUCCAGAGAAGUCGGAGGCGAUACAUGGAAGAAAACAGCAUUGAAUAUGUACCCAAAUUUUUUAAAAAAGUUCUGGACGCUAAUCAAAGAGAAGCUUGGGUUACCAAUGACACCUACUGGGAACUGAGAAAGGAUCCUGGCUUUAGUAAAGUAGAAAUUCCUGUACUCUGGUAAAUUGAGAAUGUAGAUCUAGUAAACAUAUCACUCUGAAGAAAAAAAUAACUAUGCACAAUAUGUUUCUUAUAGCUAAGCGUGGUUUGUGGGUCUACGGAAAAACCUAUCAUUCGCAUUUAUAUUCAUCUUUAUAACGGACUUUUGAAAGUGCAUUAGACCAGGCCCCUGACCACUUCUGGAUCUUUUUAAUUUUGCAGCAGCCAUUAAAUAAAAAAAGAAAAAAAAAAGAAACAGAAACCUUUUAAAGUUUCAUACUCUGAAAAUUCAGAGCAAAAGAAGCAGAUGAGUUAUCCAAAGUCACUCGGAAGAGGUGGUAAACACAAAACUGCAAUUGGUGCUUUAAACAGACAUUAACAGUAAUGUAAUUUAAAU